GACACGGCGGCCACCUCGCUCCGGGGCUCUGCGGCCACCGCGUGGCACCUGCGGGGCUGUCACCCGAUGGAAGAGCCCGGCUGGCCCUGCCCAUCCCUCCUGCCAGCGCCCCCGGCCCGGCCUCGGCUCAUCCCGGCGGGACAGAAAGGCACCGCGGGGCAGAGCUGGCCUGGCAGAUAAUUGGGCAGCCGGCGUAGAAAAUGAGCAAGGAGGGGAAGAAGGAGCAGGAAUAAUCCUGAUUUUCCUGCUUGUCCAUCAGCAUCCGGCUCGCUCCGCGCGCGCGUCUCCCACGGCAGCGCCGGGAUUGAGCAGCCAGGACAGGGAGGUGCCCACCACGCUCCAGCUGCUGCCACCUCACCCUGAGGCUCCAGCACCACCAACACCCACCACAGGGCUGAGCUGGGGCUGCCGGGGCUCUCCGUGCCCAGCCUGCGCUCCGGGAAUGCGCUGAGCGCCCGCGGCUCCGCCGGCUCCGAUUCCUGCCUGGGACAGGUCAUAACUGAGCAGCCCUUAUGACCAACAUGAGCUGGAGCUUCCUCACCCGCCUGCUAGAAGAGAUUCACAAUCACUCCACCUUCGUGGGGAAGGUCUGGCUCACCGUGCUCAUCGUCUUCCGCAUCGUGCUGACGGCCGUGGGGGGCGAGUCCAUCUACUCCGAUGAGCAGAGCAAGUUCACCUGCAACACCAAGCAGCCGGGCUGCGACAACGUCUGCUACGACGCCUUCGCGCCGCUGUCGCACGUCCGGUUCUGGGUCUUCCAGAUCAUCGUGAUCUCCACGCCCUCCGUCAUGUACCUGGGCUACGCCAUCCACAGGAUCGCCCGCUCGGCCGAGGAGGAGAAGAAGUUCAAGGGGUUCAAGAAGAAGAAGCAGUUUGCCCUCAACUGGCAGGCCGUGCGCAACAUGGAGGACGCCAUGGAGGCCGACGAGGAGGAGCCCAUGAUCUCGGACGACGUGGCCGAGCACGAGAAGGCCAAGGCCAAGCCCAAGUGCAAGGAGCAGCAGAAGCACGACGGGAGGAGGCGCAUCCAGCAGGAGGGACUGAUGAAAAUCUACGUCUUCCAGCUCCUCACCCGGGCCUCCUUCGAGGUUUGCUUUUUGAUAGGGCAGUAUUUGCUCUACGGUUUCGAGGUGGAAGCUUACUACGUCUGCAACAGGGUCCCUUGUCCCCACACCGUGGACUGCUUCGUGUCCCGGCCCACGGAGAAGACCAUCUUCCUGCUGGUGAUGUACGUGGUGAGCUGCCUGUGCCUGCUGCUGAACAUGUGCGAGAUGUUCCACCUGGGCUUCGGCACCAUCCGCGACGCCAUCCGCAACCGGAAAAUCAACAGCUUCCGGCAGCCCCCCUACAACUACGCCUACCCCAAGAACAUCUCCUGCCCUCCCGAGUACAACCUGGUUGUCAAAUCCGAGAAGUCCACCAAGAUCCCCAACAGCCUGAUGGCCCACGAGCAGAACUUGGCCAACGUGGCUCAGGAGCAGCAGUGCACCAGCCCCGACGAGAACCUGCCGGCGGAUCUGUCCACGCUGCACAAGCACCUGCGGGUGGCCCAGGAGCAGCUGGACAUCGCCUUCCAGAGCUACAGCAGCACCCAGGCCAACACGCAGCCCUCUCGGACCAGCAGCCCCGCCUCGGGGGGCACCGUGGUGGAGCAGAACAGGGCCAACACCGCCCAGGAGAAACAAGGUGCUAAACCCAAGGCCUCGCUGGAGAAAGGCAGCUCCAGCAGUAAAGAUGGGAAGACGUCCGUGUGGAUAUAACUCUGUGAGGAAGGAGAGAGGGCGGCGUGAGCGGGGUUUUUGUUUUGGUUCGUUUCUGGUUUUCGGUGUUAUCUCGCGUUUGUUUGGCAGGGCACGGUUUUUGUGUGGAAGUCAAGAGAGUAAAAGGAGUUUCGGACCAAUUUACUGCUGUCUUCCAGUUAACAAAAGACAUUUCUUCCCCUGUUUCCACUUCCUGAGUGACAGGGACCUCCAGUGAGUAACAGCAAACCCACCCCACCUCCCAGCCCCUGGCUCAGCGCCGCAGCCCCCAGCAGAGACUGGACAGUGUGCCGUGGUGGGAAGAGGAGGGAAAAGUCAGGCUGGCAGGGAUCAGCCACCCUCCUGCAUGGCAAGGCUGGAGUGCUGCAGGCCAGGCAGUGUUUAAUUACUAAACGCCCUUAACCAAAUUAAUUCCUGAUCCUUUGGUAAGAAAACCGCUGACAUGUUGCAGGGACCUUGGUGGCAGGCUCACAGCUGAUGGCCUGAUGCCAGGGGAGGCCUCGUUGGAUGCUGUGAGCCAGAGCUGGCACCCAGGUCAGGUCUGGGGUGACUGCCUCACACAGGGAGACCUAAAACCAGCACAGGGCUGAAGGUUUCAUCUUUCCUUCCUCUGCUCCAAACCCUCUGGAGCAGGAGCGAGCAGUGACAUUGCAUCCUACUCGUGCCUGUGUAGCCUUGCUACAGAUGUGAUGGGAAUUGUUGCAGUUAACAGGGUUUUUAACAAACUGCUGCUUCACAUCAUCAGAAAGUGCCUUUAUGCAACCAGGAAAACAAAAGUGUAAAGGGUUUAGGCUCCUUUACUUGCUGAAUUUUGGACGAUCAGCGUCGGCAAAUUUGUUUUUCUGAUUAAUUGAGGAAAAGCGCUGUUGGCAAAUUUGUUUUUCUGAUUAAUCAAACCCUUAUAAGUAGUGGCAGGAGGAAGAUCUAUGCAUAGUGUGUCUCUGGGGGGUGUGUGUGUGUCCAUGUGUAGAUACAGACACUCUGAACACGUGUGUGUGAACAUAGACAUAGAGAGCUAGGUGUAAAUGUAAUAUCACCCCUCUGCUCCUCUACAGCCUUCCACCUCCCCUGAGAAAACCCAGCUGCUCCAGGGCUGGGGCUGAUCUCAUCCUGGGCUUUUACCUCCAGCUCCACCUGGAACUGGGAGAGUUCCUACACUUGCUGGGGGGGCUUUGCAGAAGGUCUGGCUUCAGUGGGGACAGGGCCAGGAUGAUAAAAGGAAGGUUUUCCUGAGUUUAUGUGGAUUUUUUUUCAGCUGGGCUUGACUUUAGGGUGGUUUUCAUGCACUUACAAGCUGCUGAGCUCCAAGGCUCCUACUGUUCUUUGUCAGAGGGUAGUUUCGUGUCCCCCACAGAGAACCCAGACAGGCAGAGCCUUCAGGAUCAAACCUAUUGCAAAAGAAAUGAAUUCUCCCUGAGCACUGCACUGUCCCUGUGCCAAGCUGUUCCCUCGGGCUGUGCCAGGAUCUCUUAUCCAUGGGAUAUUCCUGACUUCUCUCUGGACAUCACUCCCAUGUCCUUGAGGUCAGUCCCUGACGGCCCUGAGGAUGCCUGUUCCCCUUUGGUCAUUCUUGGGAACAGGCAGGGAAUUUGGAUGUGCCCUUCAUUUCCUGGGAACUUCGGCUGAGCUGUGUGAUGCAUUAGAGAACAGUCCUGGAAGCAAAAAAAAAGAGUAGGAUUAAAAAGAAAGCAGAGAAACAUCCUACAAGGUAUCCAGCAGCAAAUACUCAGCUUUGUGGCUUUGUGUAUCUGGCUGGGGAACCUUCCAGGCCUGGCCUGCUCUGGUCCUGCUGAAGGCAUUGGUAAAAUGCCUGGAAUGCUGUUUGCUCUUGCAGCUUGAGAUCUUCCCCUCACAAAGGGGUAACUGGAUCCAGGAGGAGGAUCAGCACAGCAGCAGCCAGUACUGCCAUCCAUCCAUCCCCUUCUGCUGGGAAUUCUGCAGGAAAGGCUCAGAAGGGUCACACCACGGUGGUGUGGAGACAAACACAUCCCACUGCUGUGUUUGUCCUUGUCGUGUGUGGGAAUGUGCUCUCUGCUGGGCACUGCAGGAGAGGCUGGGUGCUCACAGGGCUGCUGAAACCUGGAAAAAAAUGCCUGCAGGGCCACAGCCCAGGCUGCUGGAGAGGAGAGAGGUGAUCCUGGGUGGAAAUUUGUUCCCUGGUCGCUGCAGCUGUGCAGGGCACCAGCUUGUCCCCCCCAUCAGUGGGGCUUCUCCUUCAUUCCCAGCCCUGUGUCCCAUGGGAAACUGGGUGUAUUUAAAGCUGUGAUCCCAAGGGAGGGAUGGAAACUCUAAGGAUGACCAUGGCUGGGUUCUUCUGAUUCCUUUUCCAUGAGCCACAGUCCCACAGCCCCAGAUAAACUUGUGCUUCCCACACGAUGCUGGAAGGCACCGCCCCGUGCAGGACUUGGGAUUUUGGGUUUCUCCUGCCUCCCUCAGCACCAUUCAUGGCCUGAGCACUUGCUGCUGACUCAGAUGUGCCCCUCAGCUCCUGCUGACCUGCAGAUCCCCCCCUGAGUCACCACACCAGGGAUAGGAAUGUGACUCCGUUGCUCUUGCUCCAGGAAAAACGCCUUGCCGUGGGGAAAGCCAGGGGCAGAUUUUAAGCUAAAACCCCCUCAAAACUGGUCACAGAGACCUGAUGAACCCAUUAAACCCAGUCAGUACAGCAGGGCUGCCCCUGCAUCACCCCAACAGGAGGAGAUUCCAGCUUCAGAGCAGCAGGGUGGGAAAAGACCAUGGAUCUUCUUGCCAACUUGCCACCAUCAAACGACUCCUGAAGGGUGAACCCCCUCUCUGCAACCCCGUGGAGACAUGGAGAAGUCUCAUGCCUUUAACCUCUGUGUAUUUUGGCUCUUUGGAGACUGUUUUCACCCUCCAAUGUGCUUUAAGCUGAACACUUCCAGUCUCACCAACCUUUCUGCAAGGGCUGAUUUUCCAGCGUGGUUUUCCCUGGUGUCUUUGGACCAACAGCAGCCACUUGAAAUAUUCCCAGCAGUGUGGCAGUGCUGCUCCUCGUGUCACUUUCUCUCCAUUUUUCACUCUGGUCCUCCCCAAAACCCUGCUGCUCCCCUCUCCAGAUGUGUGGUUGUACAGUCAGAAUCUUCCUGCCCUCCUUCAAACCCCCUUUUUUAUUGUCACACAGUGAGCCAAGGGGGCCCUGAGUGACCCCUGGGUCCUGCAGAGAGGGUUUGGAGCCUCUCCCCAGCUGGUGUCACCCUCACAUCUCACAUGCACACGCUGUUUUCUGCAGGGAGAGUCAAUAGCUGCAGUAUUGAUGGGUGCCAGAGCCAGGGCAGACUCUUGGGGGAUCAAUAACCCCUCACUGGGCAGGGACAUGGGGUGACCACUCCCAGCCCUGCUCAUCCCUCAGGUCUGGAGUUUUUCCCUGCAUAACAUCCCUUCCAAAUGGGAGGUGAUCCUACUUUCCCAUUUUUUUCCAAGUUUUGCCAGGAACUCAAGCACAGGGGUGUAUUCCCAGCUGGUGUCAGGGGUGCUUGGGAGGGAUGCAGAGUUGCCUGUGGGGUCCCAGCCAGCCUGGAGGACACUGCUGAUCCUCUGAGCCUGGGGAGGAGGGAUCCCAGUUCCCCCAGAUCCCAUCUGGGCCACACACAGGAGCCAGCACGGAUCAGACAGCCCUAGGAAGAGAAAAUAUUAUUACUAUUAUUAUUGCUGUUAUUUCUAUAUAUACUGAUUUGCUCGUUUUCCCCCUUCCUCCUCCACUCUGUGACCUAUAAACCCUUCAGGAUGUUGGGUUUCUCCACUGAGUCACUGCCACAGAGGUGACCAAAUGCAAUGCUGGCUCUGCAGGAAUGAUUCCUUUCCGGGCAGGAGCAGCAGUCCCUUCUUUAAUCCUGUAAUGGGGGCAGGAAAAGGAUAGAGCAGCAAAAUAUUCACAGCCACAAGCAAAAUCCCCACCACAAUAGUUCCCAACUCAACCAGCAGCUCGAGGAAAUUGAUUUAGAGGGUGGAGCAUCAGCCACAGAAGAAAUGCCAAUGGAAUAAUUAAUGCUUUGCUUUUAUUUUUGCCUUUUCUCCAGGUAGCAGUUUUGUCCACACGCAAGGCAGGUUUAGCUUUGUGGCUGAGCUAAUCACAAAUGUUGACUCUCUUGCUAAACUUGCUCAGAUAAAGCGCCCACACUUACAUUUCUCUCCUUACCAUUCAGGGCCAGGAAUGUCCCAUAAAAGCCAGAUUACCUUCGUGCUUGCAUUGCAUUCCACUGGGAAAUACUUGAACUAAACUCGAGGCCAUAACCAGUCUGUGCUGUUACAAAGUGUCUGGGAUUGGUGGGGUUUUUUUCUUGUUUUUUUUUUUUGUUUUGUUAUUUUUUUAAUGUACUAACUGUAUUUGUACUAGACAUUUUUGGAGUAUGAGGUCAAAUCUGUAUUUUUCAGUGUAAAUGUUACAUCUGGGCUGUAGUUAGAAUAUGAAACACUGGUCAAAAGGGAAAGGGACAUCAGUCCAACUCAACUGUGGCUAUUCCACAUCCAUUACUAAUAACAUGGAAUAAAACUUACAUUUUGUUACA